AUGGCCACCGAAUUCGAUAAGGAGAACAUCGCGGCGGGCCUCACCGCCGCGUCGUCCUUCAAGCCGACUCCAUCUUUAUCACCGAAGAAACCCGCCAAAAAGACGCGCAGCAAGAGCAUCGGACCGGGCGGGCUGGGAGCUCUGGAGGAGCCUCUGAAAGAGAACUCAGGAAACAGGCGCAAGUCUGCCUUCAUACCAGCAGUCAAAUCGAUCCUAGCUUCCAACGACGAGGACGAGAAGAAGCGGCGGGAGGCGCGCCGCAAAUCCCUAGAUGUCUUAGCACGACGACGCGUUUCUUUUGCGCCCGAAGCCACGCUACACACCUGGGACGUGAUCGAAUACAUGCGCGAUGCCACCACGUCCUCAUCUGCGUCGUCCGAUGCUACCAGGAGAGCCUCCUCGGUAUCCCAAGCCUCUAGCGCCCAAUCUCCACAAUCCAAUGCUACAUCUCCAGGCCGGCUGUCAGAUCCAGCGGAGCCACCUUCAACGCCACCUGAGCAAAUCGAAGAGCCAGUUCCCGGAUCGUCCCCUGCAAAGCAACGAGACCUGCAUCAGAAGAAGCGCCGCCGUCGAAGCUCCGGUAUCCCUCCAAUGAACUUCAACAAUCCAGACGACGCAUUCUCUUCCAGUCCCUUCAGUGGGAGUGGUGGCUCCCCCACCGGAAGCGUGGAAAUGGAUGGCUCUUCUGACGAGGACAUGGAAGACACGAUGAUGAGCUUGGAUGCGGGAGACAUGACAGGGCGAAGAACGAGCGCCAGGCUUGAAGAAGCCUUCCAACGAGCAGCAGCGCAAGCCGGAACUCGUGGGAUUGAUUUUGACGAGAACGGAGACAUUUCCAUGGAACUCGCAGACGAGGAAGUCACUGCGGCGUUCAAACCCUGGGCGAAGCGAACCGCUGGUACACCAAAGCUAUCAGGGACCCUCUCAUCCGCAGUAGAUCAAGAGAACUUUGACCCAUUCUCUCCAGCAAUCAGCUCAAAGCCUAAGCCUAGCUUUUCGACCAGAUUCGACGAACCCACGAGCGAUGGUGAAGACAUGAGUAUGGACAUAACUCGAGCUGUCGGCAAGAUCAUUCUUCCGCAGCCACAGGAUCCUCCUUUAGACGAUGUAUCCAUGGACUUGACAAUGGCUCUGGGAAAAAUUGAGCAACCCCAAACCAAUACGCGUGAAGACGCCCGCAAAAGCCUCAAGCGCCGGCGGUCUUCCAUGGUAGGCGCAAACCAAGGUAGCCCAGCCACGCGACCAUCCAGUCGUCGAAGUAGUCUGAGGAAGAGGGGUUCGCCUGCGGAGGACUCGUCAUUCGGGGACGAAACAAUGGAUCUCACUAUGGCAAUCGGCGGCAUCCAAAGCGAAGCCUCGCAAGAUGAUGCCGACCGCCGGAGCAGCAUCGACCUCUCCUUUGGGGAAGAGACUAUGGAUUUCACGAUGGUACUUGGGGGAAUUAAAGAAGCAACGAAUGCGGCCAACAUCCCUGCAGACGACGAAGAUCAGGACGAGAAUGAGGAUCUGUCCAUGGAGUUCACCACCAUCCUUGGCGGGAUCAGGGGGCCUGUGAUCCAGCAAACAACUCCCCCCAGGACCCUCAUUGCGAAGGCUUCGGCGCCUCUAAAAGCACCGAGCGCUUCCCCCAAAAAGUCUCCAGCACGCUCGAAGAUUUCCGACAUCCAAAGCUCGAACGACUCUCCUACACCCAAGAGGGCUGGACGAAGCACUCCGCAGAAGUCUCCGCGACGAACUACGCGGAAUAGCACUUCUGGUACCUCGGCUGUAUCUACUCCACAAGAUAAAUCAGUACCGGAACUAGACCAGUCUCCUUUCGCGCGUAGGCCAAAAUUGCGAGAGGAAGCCAUCACGACUCCCCAGGGCAAGGACACUCACACUAACCUGGAUGAUCCAAUGAACGCUCCGAUCCUCAACCGUCGCCUAUCCGCAACCCCAACUGUACACUUCAGCCCAAUACCUGCUAUUCGGGCCGAUCCAAUUGUUAAGAGUACUGCGGCUCUCUCAAACUCGAUAAGGUUGCUGUCUACACCAAGAAAGCAAACACUAGCGUCACCUACCAAACGAGGAGCUACCCCAAAGACGACAACGACGCCAAGAAAGACGCCAACACCAAAGAAAGCACCUGCGUCCCGGAAAAGUCUCAGCCCGAAAAAGCGCGUUGUGUUUGGAGAGACAUCUCCUGUUAAAGAUGACGAAGCGGAACCCAAAGAGAAUGCAGAGGACGAAAAGUAUAUAGACCGCAUUCCCCUGCAAGAAUUCCUAGAUAUGACAAACAUUCGCUUUAUGGAUUUGACUACCACGAAGCGUCGACAUACUGCUGUUCCUGCAUCAUUUCAUAUUAAGGGUUUGGGUGGAUUUGAAGACUUCGACGAAAAAGAAGAGACUUUGGAGAAUUAUGUCGCUGCGGCAGCUUGCACAGUUCCGGAAUACGAGAUGUACCAACACGCGUGUCACGAGUUGAAGCGUUACAUUUCAGGUGGCCGCGAUAUCGUUCGCCAAAUCGAGGCUGACGUUCAUGAAGAAAACCCGGCAUUAUUCGGUGAAUACAUGUCAGCUCCUCCGGAUCAGCGCAUUGUUAUGGACAAUCAGUUCAAAAACAUGAAGACAUAUGCUCGUCUUCAAAGCAAAGAGAUAUGGUACGGCUGGCGGAGUACCUUGCUUCGGGACUUGAAGGCUGCGCUCCUGAAGACCGCGAGCGAUUUCAACCGAGACGAUGCACUUCUGAGGAAGCAGGAAAAUCUACUCGAUGCAUCGCUACCCGAACUUGCUUCAAGGCAUGCCGACUUGGAGACUGAAUGCAAACAACUGCAGCAACGCCAGGAUGAACUUACCAGCUGCGAUCGAGAAGAACUCGAAACAGCACGUGAGAAUCUCAUUGCAUUCGAGGAUGAUAUCGAGCAGAAGAGACGUCUUGUAGCAUCUUUGAAGCAAGAUUUGCUUGAGAAGGAAUCUCGUAUCGAAGCUGCCAAAGCUCGAAAGAUAGAAUGUGCGGAAGAAAUCAAAGCCGCCGAUCGUGUAAGGGAAGAAUGCCGCGGGUGGUCCGCGUCCGAGGUGAACGCACUGAAAGCAAAAGUCACGGCUCUUGAGCAAGCUCAUGGAUGGAGCAUUACGUCUGCUUCUUCUAGCCCUUCGACCAUUACAAUGACCCAUCUUAAUGAUUUGGAACUCUAUUUCUAUCCGGAGUCCUUUGCAACUGGCAAGAACACGCCGAACGCUUCCAUAUCUCUGAGUUACGUCGGUGACUCUGCGACACCACACCCGAGGCCGAUGACCACAAGCAAGCGCUUCUUCCUCCAGCUUCUUCGGGCACACCUGCAAUGCCUCUCACAGUCCCAGACAAGCAUCUCCGAUCUUUUGAUGCUCAUCAAGAACAGUUGGGCUACCGCUCGAGCUGUCGCCGAGGGCGUCCAAUGCCUCUCACGGACCUACAUUACGGAGGAAUCAAUUCUCUCCGACGAGCGCAUUGCCAUUCGCUCAGCCAUGCUUCUUCCAACCCUCCAAACCAAAGUGAAGGUAACCUUCGAGGUUGGCGUAGGUAUCGGGAACGACGGAGUGGAAACAAGCGUCAGCACAAAGGCGGAGGUCGUCUACGGGGAGAAAUACAAAGAGGACAAGAUGCGAGAGUUCCUGAGUCAGUAUGUUGGGGAUAGCGUGAAGGCGGAGGACGAGAUGAAGGUGUGGGCAGAUGCCGUGCUGGAUCUGACAAACAGAUUGAGGUCAAGGGGACGGAAGGUGUAG